AUGCGGAAUUUGACCCUGAUUAAAAAUAUUUUAACCAUGAAUAAACAGAUGGUUACUCAGCCAAAUGAUAAAUUUGAAACGGCGCUUCAGCACUUCCUGAAAACUAUUCUGGAAGAUGGAAUAAAAACAACAACAAAUGAUUUGAGCAUUAUUGAAUACCUUUUAAAGGCACAGGGGAAUACAAAAAAUUCCAAACAGAAGUUUACUAACAGUAGUUCUGAAAGCCCGGUGCAACUAGCUUGCCUCAUUGGGGACGAUAAUAUUCUGCUUUUAUUGUUGAAAUAUGGCGCUGAGCUCGAUACUGCUUCUUACGAUGAUGAAGAUGAGCCAUUAAUGAUCGCUGCAAAAUGUGGACAUGCGAAAAUUCUGGAGAUUUUACUAGCGAAAGGCUCGAAGAUUCACCGCCGCUCGCUGCAGUUGGCAGUAAAAAAGGGCCACACAGAUUGUGCGCAAAUUUUGUUGGAUGCGUUAACUAAAACAAAUAUCAAAGUUGCCGCACAAAUUUGUAUAGAAGAAUGUGACGUCAGCUUAUUGCGGUACUUAACAGAAAAGUUUAACAUUGAGAUCCAGGACAAAUAUUUUUUAUGGGUUGCUAUUGCUAGAGGCAACAAGGAGAUCGUAAACUUCUUGAUCGAGCGUGGUGCUGAUGUCAAUGCUACUUAUCAAGGUCACUUUAGAUUAUCCUGGAAGAAAAGUACUCGGUUGUUCACACCACUGGGCCAUGCUGCAUAUCAUAAACAUACGGAGGUGCUAAAAACUUUACUCGCCUCAGGGGCGGAUACGGGUGGUGUUGACGAUGAUGGGAACACGGCUUUGUUUUAUUGUGUAGAAAAUGACGACAUUGACGGAACUAGACAACUACUAGAGGCUGGUGCCAAUGUGAAUCACAGAAAUAUUAAAGGUUACACGCCGCUGUUAUAUGCUUUAGCAAAAAAAUGUGGGAAAACAGAAAGCUGUAAUUAUAAUACAAAAGGCGUUACAGCGGCACUGAUUAGCAUGGUUCAGCUGUUGAUAGGAUAUGGAGCGGAUGUGAACAUCUCAAACAACGAAAAUAUAACCUGUCUUUUGCUUCUGCCACCAUACUCAGAAAAAGAAAACAUUGAAAUGUUGAAGAUUUUAAUCGAGCAAGGCGCUCUUUUAGACACGUGUGAUGCCGGUGGAAACACAGCACUAAUCCUGGCUUCCAAAUGUCGCAAUGUGAAGAUGAUGAAGGAAUUAUUACAUGCUGGAGCCGAGGUAAACGCGCUAAAUUUCGAUGACAAAACUGCCCUUUCUAGUAUAUUUCAUUAUGAAAGAUACGGCUCCGUAAAUUGUGAGGCGCUGGAUCUCUUGCUUUCCUAUGGUGGCGUACUGUCAGGGGUUGAAUCUAGGACUGCGGUGUACACUCUGAUACAAGACUCCAUUGAUCAACAAAAAAAUGUAGUCAAAAUUCUUGGCAAAGGUGUCUACCCUUACACCUUCGAGAACGAGAGCGGAUCCUCAUUAGAUUUUUACAUUCCAAGUGAUCUGGAAGCGGUGACACCAGUCAGCUACGCUCUGGUAAGAAAAAAACCAGAUACAGCCAAGUAUUUGUUCUCCAAGAGCUUUCUGACUCUCUACGACGUGCAGACAAUACAGCACAGCAAACAGUUCAGAGACUAUCUCGUACAGCAAGGUCAUGUGACCAGUACUGAUGUAUACGACGCCAUUUUCGGCCAGCCGUUAACCCUUUUUACACUGAGCUUUGUGGUCGUGUCCGCGUCGCUGGGUGUCGACUUUGACAGACAGGAGAGGGUUAAUAGACUCCCCAUACCCCAAGCAAUCAAAAGAAAAUUACUGUUCCAAGAUCUUCAAGACUAAAACACUGCUGUCACGGGGGGUUGUAUAAGCCUACAAAUGAAUAUUACCUCGUU